AUGUCUCCCCCCGUAGUCCUAAUCCUCGGCGCCGGCUCCCGCCUCGGCGCAGGCAUAGCCCGUGCAUUCUCGUCGGCAGACUACUCCGUCGCCGUCGUCUCCCGCUCCAACCCCUCCCCGCCGGCCCUCGACCCCUCCACAUCCCACCUCCGCAUCCGCGCCGACCUCGCCAUCCCCUCGCAGGUCGCCGACGCUUUCGCGGCCGUCAGAUCCCACUUCGGCAAACCGCCCCGCGUCGUCGUCUACAACGCCGCCACCAUCUCGCAGCCCCCGGACGCCGAGAACCUGCUGAGCCUCGACGUCGGGCAGCUCGAGCACGACGUCAGGGUCAACGCGACGGGGGCGUACGUUGCUGCGCAGCGGGCCGUGGAGGCGUGGAAGGAGGUGGGGGAGGAGGGGGGCAGGUUCGUGUUUACGGGGAACCGGUUGAACGUGAAGCCCGAGCCUGUGCCGGUGUUUUUGUCGUUGGGGGUCGCGAAGAGUCAGGCUUGGUGGUGGUUGGGUGCGGCCGAUGGGUUUUUUAAGGGGAAGGGGUGGAGGUUCUUCUACGCUGAUGAGAGGAAUGCGGAUGGGAGUGGGACGGGGAAGGAUGUCAACCCCGAGUCUCAUGGCAAGUUUUACUUGAAGCUUGCUGAGGGGGAUGUUGAGGAGUUGCCUUUCGAUGUGACUUUUGUCGAUGGGGAGUACAAGAAGUUCUAG